AUGUCUGACCAGCACGGUGCCAGCGGCCAAGGCCUGCGCCAGCGGCGACAGUCGAACGCCGCUGCGGCGGUGGAGACGCUCGUCGGCGCGGCCAAGGAGGUCGAGGCCAAGGUCGAGCGAGCCCUCCUCCUCGUCUGGGACGAGCUGGAGGACUGGCGCCGCGACAAUGCCUACAUCCGCGGCGGCUACCGCCCGACGAGCAACAGCUACCGCGCCUCCCUCGCCAGCGUGGCCUCCAUCCACAACGAGACGGUCAACAUAUGGUCCCACCUGCUCGGCGCCGUCGCCUUCACCGUCGGAGGCGCCCUGCUGCACGGCCUCGUCGCGCCGCGGUACGAGUCGGCGUCGGGGGCCGACGUCCUCGUCUUCAGCUGCUUCUUCGCCGGCGCGUUCCUGUGCCUGGGCAUGAGCGCCACGUACCACGCCAUCUCCAACCACUCGCCCGACGUGGCCAAGUGGGGGAACAAGCUCGACUACUCCGGCAUCGUCUUCCUGAUCGUGGGCAGCUAUGUCCCGACGUUGUACUACGGGUUCUUCUGCCACCCGGCCCUGAUGACAUUGUAUCUCUACAUGAUCUGUACCCUCGGUGCGGGAUGUCUUGUCGUCUCUUGGUUUGAGCACUUCAGAACACCCGAGUGGCGGCCUUACCGGGCAAUGAUGUUUGUAGCCUUAGGGACCUCAGGGGUGGUACCUGUGGUUCAAGCUCUCCUCGUGGAAAGCUUCGAAGUCCUGCACAGGAGGAUGGGUCUGGGUUGGGUAUUGCUUCAAGGGGCACUUUAUAUUCUGGGAGCCUUCAUCUAUGCUAUCCGGUGGCCAGAAAAGCUCGCACCAGGCCGAUUCGAUAUCUGGGGCAGCUCGCACCAGAUCUUCCACAUCUUUGUCCUCCUUGCUGCGGCUGCGCAUCUGUAUGGCCAGGCCAAAGCCUUCGAUUACCAUCACAGCUCUAUGGGGGCCAAGUGUUGA